CUCCCGACCGGCCAGCUGGUGAGAUCCAACCGAUCGAUAUCGUCGACGUUAUGAGCCGCGGUGCACAACAGAGAAUACUCUCUCAGCUGGCGUCGUCUCCAAACGAGCUUGCGUCGGGCAUAGCACAAUGCAUCGAAGCACUUCGCCUUGUAUCCGCCCUUCCCAGGGCCUACCCUCUCAUGGUAGAAUUCACCGGCUCCUCGAGAACGCCUGUCACCAAGGCCUUCGGCAGGACACUACUUGCUAGAUUGCCUCUUCGAGUGCGUUGCAAAGAACACGUCCUUGAUCCUCGGUGGUUCUAAUAUUUCCUCCUAUUGUUGCUGACAGGCUGUUAUUAGCAUGAUUAAAACAUCCAUGAAUCUCCCUGACAGCGUGCGAGUGGCUUCUGCAACGUUCUAUCGCGAGGACGGAUCCGUCGAUUCAACCAGGGUCCUUCUCGAUGAAGACUC